AUGGAAUCUUCUUACAAAGAAAGAUUAAAAUACUUUCAACGGACUUUGAGUGUCGAGCCAGAGUCAGAAGAUGAAGAAGCAUGGACACCAGUCAUUGACAUGAAGGCAUUCCAAGAAGCUUGUCUUUAUGGUAUUCCUGAUGAGGUUGGAGUACGACCUAUUGCCUGGAAAGUACUUUUAGGCUACCUUCCACCCGAUAAACGCAUGUGGCAAAGUACUCUUUCUAAUCAGAGACUAUGCUACUAUAACCUGGUAAGAGAUCUUUUGGAAGAACCAGGUGGAGAACCUCCCUCAAGAGACCAUCCACUCUGUGGAGAUCCUUCUUCAAAAUGGGCUACCUAUUUCCACGACAACACCUUUUUGGACCAAAUCGACAAGGAUAUUCGACGCACCCUGCCAGACUUUGCGUUUUUUCAACUCCAUGUCCCUCAAAACCCACAGAAUCCCUUAUCAGCCCCGCCGCGUCCCGAGAAAGAAGACGAUUUUCAAAAGACAGAGUUAGAGAUAGGAGAUCUUUUGGGGCCUGACCGUCCCAUGUCUGCCCAUCGUUUUUCUUUUGGAUUAAUGGGACGUCCACGCUCAUCUUCAGCUGCCUCUAAAAAGUCGCCAAAGACGACGACAGUUGAUACCAGAGCUCGUUCUAAUUCCAAGAGCUCCCUUCGAUCCUUCUCUUCAAGUAACUUUGGAGACAUGAAUGCCGACAAACUCUCAGCUCCUCGUAGUAUUGUCAGGAAAUUGUCAUCAGCCUUCAAGUCAGGCUCAAACCAAAUGACCCAAAAAUCAAAGAAACUCGAACCACCCCCAAAACCUACUCUAUGUCCAUAUAUCACAAACCGUCGUACAUUGUUCAAACGUGUCGUUCAUCUGAACAACGAAUUCGGUAUACAGGACCACUCCGAGACAGUGAAACAAAUGACACUCAUUGGCGAUAUUUACACACCUGACUUCCACUGGGAAGCUAUCGAACGUCUUUUAUUCAUUUAUGCCAAACUUAAUCCAGGUGUUGGCUAUGUUCAAGGCAUGAAUGAACUCUUGGCUCCCAUUUAUUACGUCUUUUCCAAAGAUCCCAAUAUAGACGAACAAGCCCAUGCAGAAGCAGAUGCUUUCUUUGUGUUUACGAAUCUUAUGUCCGACGUUCGCGAUCAUUUUGUUCGCUCACUCGAUCAUGAUAGCAACACUGGAAUUAAUGCAACCAUGAUGCGCAUGAGCCAACGCUUCAAGUGGGUUGACCAAGCUCUCUGGAGAGACUUGAACAGAAAAGAUGUAAAGGAGCAAUAUUAUGCAUUCCGUUGGAUCACUGUUUUGUGCUCACAGGAGUGGGACCUACCCGACGUUAUCCGUUUGUGGGACUCUAUCCUUGCUGAUCGUAAUCGACAAGAUAGCAAUCUAGAUGACUCUAGAUUUGAAUUUCUGUUAGAUUUUUCAGUUGCUAUGCUCACGUAA